AAUGGCGGGAACUGUGUUUACCCUCGCUUUGGAGGAAAUGAAGAAUGUCAAGUCUGACAGAGGAGAACUGUUGACAAAGCCUUUCUUGGAUGUCUGCAAACACAUAUUGCCUAUUCUUGACAAAUUUGGAGCUGCUAUGACGAUUGUGAAAUCUGAUAUUGGUGGCAAUAUAUCAAGGUUGGAAUCUAGAUACUCAUCCAACACAACCAAAUUCAACUAUUUAUUCGGGUUUGUACAAGCAGAAGUUGAAACAAAAACAGCAAAAUCAUCAUCAAGUUGUUCGAAUGCUCUUCUUUGGUUGACAAGAGCAAUGGAUUUCUUGGUGGAGCUAUUUCGGAACCUACAUGACCAUGAAGAUUGGACAAUGGCACAAGCUUGUACCGAUUCCUAUGGCAAGACUUUGAAGAAAUGGCAUGGCUGGCUUGCUAGUUCAAGUUUUACUAUUGCUAUGAAGCUUGUUCCAGAUAGGAAGAAGUUCAUAGAGGUGAUAGGUGGCACUGGGGAUAUCCAUGCUGACAUGGAAAAAUUUUGCACAAUAUUUUCGCCGAUUCUUAAAGAGAUCCACAAAUUUUUGGCUAGCGUUGGUUUGGAUAGCUUAAAAUCUUCAUGAUGGAACUUGUAAGGGGUCCCCAUGCUUUUGUUCACCUGUUUUUUGGCUUCUUUGCAGAACUAUCUACUAUCUUUCACUCUGCUAUGUGUGUGUGUGUGCUUGUUUUUCUUCUUUUUUUUCAGUUACUGACUUCCAAAUCUUUAGAUAGCGCAUAUUCUCGGUAAUUUCCAUUGUUACUACU